UCGUUUAUCAAGAGUAAAGGGGCUAAUUUAACCAUGCUAUUUUUCUUCCUCGUAUAAAAACUGUCAUCCCCGUUUUCGAAGCCCUAAUAAUUGAAUUCAAAUCUGUCUCUCAAUUUAUUUUGACGAUUUUGUUUUCUUUGCAGAGUCAAGGUCUUUAUAGGACUUUUGUAUGAAGCUUGUUGAUUGAGCAUGAGCACUCAGACUCAGGGGGUGAAGAGUCCUCCUUUAAGGGGGUAUCGGCGAAGGAAGACAGUGCUGGACUUAAACGCCCCUCCUACUGAAGGGAGGGGUGAUGAAGGGACUUCAAACCGAACUGAACCUCAAGGAGUGCAAGCAAGCCAACAAGGACAGUCCUUGCCACCUCCUACUAUUGAUGUUGAUGUGUUCGAUGAUGAUGUCAUUGAAUUGUCACCCGCAGCGUUUGCCGAGGCUAAGAACAAUGCUCGAAGAGCUCAUGGAAGGGCUGUCGUUGUCGAUGUAGAGUCAGGGCGAACAAGUAGAUUGUCUCACAAUAACCUCAACAAGCGUAGAAGAGUUCCACCAAACCAAACGAUUAUCAAUUGUGAUCUUUACAUCAAUUUGGAAGGAGGCAGCAGCAGCAGCAGCAGGUCUAUGAGGGAGAAUGUGCAGACCCUGCCGCCAAAGGAGCCAACCUUCAACUGUCCAAUUUGCUUGUGUCCAUUGGUUGAGGAGAUGUCAACAAAAUGUGGACACAUUUUCUGUAAGACUUGCAUUGCAGACGCAAUCAAAAGACAGGCUAAAUGUCCUACUUGUAGGAAAAGGGUCACCAAUAAAGAACUUAUUAGAGUGUUCCUCCCAGCAACCAGUUGAUUUUGAUGCUUGCAUUCAAUUGCUGUUUAUCAGGUUUAAAAGAAAGAACUCUGAGACAGAGGGAUAUAGAUGGAGCAAUGGCUAUGGUGGAUCCUAAUUUUUCGUGUGAAGGAAUUUGUCUAACUUAUUGUGCAGCUCAAAAUGAAAUGCCCGGUGGCAAUAGUGGGUUUUGUUAUUGGAAUAAAAUUUAUGUUUAAUGGAUGCAUAUCAGUGAUCUGUUUUCGUUUACUGUUGGCUAAGGUACGUAGUGACUAGAUUGCAGAGGAAGUUUUAUGACAUUUAUAGAUAGUAACUUGAAUAUUGAAACCCAGUGCUAUAGAAGUUAUAGAUAUUAAAUAGAAUGAAUGAUUUGCUUUUA